AUGCAUCCACAAAGAAUUGUAAGAAAUCCAAAUGUAUCGUUUCGCUCGAUAGUAAUCGAUUUUAUAGACCGUAUUAAUUACAAUAUCAUUUAUCAACUCCCUUGCAAUGGCAAUGCAAAUGUACUCGCGGCUUACGCAAGAAACGGUGAUUCAAUAAUUAAAAUAUUAACUGGGUUAGGACUCUUCAGAUCAAAUAUAGAGAAGGAAGCUAUCCGAUUACGAAUUCGUAAUAGACGUGUUAUCAAAUCUGCGACGGAAAAAAUCUGGAACUUACAUUUAACAACCCUUCAACGCGAUAGAUUUGAAAGAUUGGCCAACGAUGCCAAUAAUUUUAAUCAAAACGGAAUGCAAUUUUACAAUGAAAAUACCUUGGACAGGAUCGCCGGCAUAACUUUACAAGUGACAAAUAGUCGUUUUGAGGAUAACUUUUAUAACGGAACGGUUUUCAACGUUUGCGAAUCUAUAAUGCCAGGGUGUUGGGAAAAUUCAAAUUUCCUUUAA